UUGCUCAACUACCGUAAUCAGUUUACUGACCAGUGACCAUGCUAAAUGCUAAUGCUAUGAAGCUGAGCUGACAAUGCUCAGAUUCCAGAUGCUAGGCUGUAUCUGCAAUCUUGAGCCCAAAUUAUUAAGCAGAACAUUUUAUUUUAACCAUGUUUGUUAUUUUUUCAUGAGAGUAUCAGAUACAUCUGCAUCAUGCUGUUCAUGCAUCUUUUCAGUGUAUUUUUUUUUCUUUACAGAUGGUUUUUUGUGAGCUGUCAGUGUCAACAGUCAAACCAUUAAAGUUAUUCUACAUCUAUUCAUUAUUGUUGUGAAUUUACUAAGUAAAAAUACAGAGAUGGCUGCCAGACAAGUCACAAACUGUGAGGAUGUGCAGUAUCUGCUGAGGAACCUGAGAGUGGUUGAUGAUAAAAUCAUUUAUGCAUUGAACCUUGCAACCCCGACCCAGUCAUUCAGAGAUGCAAUCGACCCAGCUGUUAAGUGUAAACAACUUUUCGAGGAGCUAGCUGCUAAUUAUAAGGAAAGAAGUCAGCUCCUGGAAAGAUGUCUGGAGCAAACUACAACUAGACUGACGGAGUUACGAUCCAUUGAUCCUUCUACUGAUACAUCUAUUAACAACAGGAUCAAAUCAGAGAGAUCAAAGGUUCGUGAGUUGCGAAACGAGAUUGCAAUAGAAGAAAUCCUUCGUGAGAGAGGUCGCAAGGUGUUCAGUGAGCGGUGCUUCCCGCAUUAUCGCGGCUAUGAGGGAUGGUGAAGAGUAGUCUGCACUUAUGAUGAAGCUCAAUAACAGACUAGCAUUUUUCUUUUCAUAACAGCUUUGCAUAAAGAUGUGACUUCUGUUUCCUAAAUUUAGGAAGCGUUUGUUUCGUUAUUGACUUGUGAGCCUCCAUUUUAUUAGUCCUUUUGAAGAGUAGGAGCUAAAACCGACUUAAGGUACGUACAAAUUCCACUCAAUUUGCGGUAUUUCAUGUAUAUAUAUUCAUUUUCAUUUGCUCAUUUCAGUUGCUAGCAAACGUGGAGCGCGGACAAGGAUAAAGAUAGGAACUCUCAAAUACGAUGUCAAUAUUUAUUGUUCCAAACAUAAGUUACCUCUGCUAUGACUGAGCAAUAUACCGUAUAUUUUGCGAUUUGAAUAAAUCAACGAAUAUUUUUAAA